AUGGAUACUCACGCUAUCGUCUUCUUUACUUCAUCGAAGACUGCUGCCAUCGUCGCGCUGUCAGCUAUUAAUGGAGGCCACAGAGUCAACGCUACCGUCAAAGUUCGUUGGAACAAGAAAAUCUACUUGGCCAAGAUUGUUCACAUCUCAUCAAAAGAUGAAUGUGAAAAGAAGAUAGGAGAUGUGACUGGGGACGGGAAACUGGUAGAGAGAUUCUUCACAAUAGGUGAGAGCAGUGUCACUCCUCAGGAUGGCAUUAACACUGGAAAGGAAAGCAACAACGGCACAACUGAAACAAUGGAGCAAAUAAAGGCAGGAAUGUUCGAGCUGAUGGAGCAGAUGAUGCAGAUGAAAAGAUUCAUGGCAGGAGGCUUCCACGAUGUCGUAAGAAGGAUUAGAUAUGCUCUCCAUAAAAAAAUGUCACGCACCUGA